AAUUCAUAGAUUUAAGACAAAUGAUAGAUAUCUAGAUCUUCUAGAUCUAGACAACAUUCUAAUCUAUCAAAUCUUUGAACCAGUUUAACCUAUUAUUAUAUCUGAAUGGCGGUGAGGGGUUUAUGUAUGAGAGCCAUGUAUGGUGCCUGAACUUGAUAUUUCUUGGUAACAACAAUGGUGGUCAACUGAUGGACGCUGCACUCAUGAGAAACUGAUGGGCCCUGAGGAAAGAGCAGCUUAUUUGAAUAAAAUAGUGAGUACAGAUUCUAGUAAAAAUGGGUAUAAUUUAAAUUCAAACAUCAUUGGCAGUUAAAGAAGUCUGCAAAAAUGAUGAAAACAUCAAGCAAUGAGUCCAUCCUUACAAGGUUGGAGAAAGAGCUUCCUGAGUCAUCUGGCUACUUUAUGCUGAUUGCCAUUGUUGCAGCCUAUGCAUGGACUAUUUAUCUGACAUACUAUAAUAGUCGAGUAUUAGGUCUGAUUAUCACAGCAAUCAUCAACAAACUAGCUAGAUAUGGACACAUUAAACUAGGUUCAUUUUCCUUUUCUUUACUGUCGGGUAAAGUUAUGUUUAGAGAUGUGCAUCUAGUGACGGAAGACUUUUCUAUCAGAGUGCAGUACGGGUGGCUCAUCUUCAGGUGGUGGAGACCUUAUGUCUACAAAGAACUUACUGAAGAUUUAUCACACAUGGAGACAAGGAUGUCCCUGUUUUUGGAGGGCUUUGAAUUUCAUGUGUACAAUAAAUCCAAAGUUUAUGAACGGUUAGAAAGAAUUUUUAGAGGAGAAACUGAUGACAUUAGUCAGACUUCCCCACCACCUGACACAAGCAAGGCUAAAGGAAGAUUUAAAGACAUACAUUGGAGAGAUUUGAUUCCAGUCACAAAAAUAGAAAUAUCCUCUGGGCGCUGGGUGUUUGGGAAUUAUUUGAUGCCUUACAGUUGUCUGUUGAAGUUUGAUAAGUGCAAUAUGGUGUACACCACCAAGCCAGCGUCUACAGUUUUUGAUAAGUUUAUGCACAUCUUAAAAUGUGACUUAGAGAACACUAGGAUCAUGCUGGUGCCAAGUCCCAAAUACAAUGGACCUGUUCAGGAUGAACCUCCACGUUUCAUGGGAGAAGGUUUUGUUGUGAUGUUGUCUAAUCAUGUUGAGAUUUAUUACUAUCAGGAUGAGCCAGGAAUAGUUCAACAUGAGCUGGAACAGAUUCAAAUGGCGGAUGGUGAGGUGCUUGUUAAAAGAACAUUCCCUUGCAUUGGUGUUGACAUAAAGUGUGGUAAAAAUACAGACUUCAACUACGGCCCUUGGGUUGAUCGACAAAGAGAGUUGAUCUGGUCAUUCUUUUUCCCUCCUGACUAUCAAUCACUGCUGCCCACCAAGAGAGCUCAGCCUGGAGAGAAGCGUCAGUUUAAGUCUCUGGAGGUCAAAAUGACCAUCAAUGCCAUAUCUGCAAUUGACAUUCUCUUUACUAAAAACUCUAUAACACAUGCUCUACACAUGAAUGCUGGCAAAGGUUCCUAUAUUGAAGUGACUGUUCCCUACAUUAUAGAGGAUGAUGGCUACAUGACAAAGGUGAAAGGUCAGCUGAUGCUGGUUGAUGCCACAACGAGUAUGCCCUUCAGAUCUCUGCUGGAGUGUGAGACACUGGAAUUUGAUGUGACUGCUAAAUACCCCAGAGAAUGGAACGCCUGUCAAGAUUGGUGUUGUGACUUUACCGCUUGUAAAGCUUUAGUUUAUCUGAUCUAUGACCUGAAACAGUUUUUCUCAGAUUUGGUUGGGGACUGGUCCUCAAAGUCUGCCCCUGACCUAUACACCUUUGUUCCAUAUACAUGGACAUUAAAUCUGACUGUGAAGCAGUUUGAGAUCCUGACCUUAGCUAAUGAGAACAACUGGGUGGAUACAUCAUCUCAGCACCAAGAGAAUGCACAUAUUGCAUUCUGUGGAGAGGUGUUUGAGUUGUGUGUGACGUUUCCUUUUAGUGACUUUGUUCCUGAGACUGUACCUGUGCAGCUUCUUAUCAAGGGAGACACUGUCUUCUGUCGCCUUUAUCUGCCAGAGAGCAAUACCAUGAAACAUGUUGUCAUUGCCUUGUCUGAGAAUAUCAGAGUGGUUGACAGGGAAGGUCAUGUGACUUGUCAGCCAUUUGUGUAUCCAAACAAAAAAGAGUGGAGAAACGUCACAUUGAAAAGCAAUGGCUGGGUUGACUGCUGGCAGACUAACUAUGUUUUCCUCUCUGUGACCUACACCUACUUCCCCAUGCCUGUAAUCAAAUCAACAACUGAGCCAUGGGAUCAAUUCAAAGAGGACCUGGAGGAGGGGGAUGUUAACCUGUUGGAACAGCCUGCUAGCUCAGGCGUCUCAGGUCCAGCCAAAGAGGAGUCCACAUUGUUUGAUCCAGGAGAUUUAAAGCCUGAUUUUAUCCAAGUGGAGCUGGAAGUUUCCCCAUCUACCCUUGUGCUCUAUGGAUCCUUGUUGAGAAAUCUGAUCAAUUUAAAGGAGAACUAUCUUGGUGAGUUUCAAAAAGCCACAGACUAUGAGGAGAGCCAGAACAAAAUGAAAGAGGUGGAAGCCAGCUAUGUGCAUCUGGAGGCACCAGACGACGAGGAGGUGUUUGACUACAGAAUGUACCGUCCAUUUGCAGUCACUGUCUCAGUGACCCUGCACGACAUCCAAGCACAUUUAGCCAAGAACUGCACCUCAGAUGACCAGCCCUGUCCAAGUGCCUAUGUUGAAAGACUUUGUUUUGAACUGGAUAAAUCUUUCAGGGAAACUAAGCUCCAGCUGCUUUUAUCACCUUGUGUCUUGCUGGCCAAAGAUGGCAACAGUAGAGACACAGAUCAAGAGCACCUGAAAGAUGGGCACUUGGCACUGUCUGGGCUACAGGUCAGAGGGCAUGCCAUGUUCUCUUUAGAAGGCCUGCCUUUGGAUUAUGAGACUUUGGAAUAUGCUUGGCUGAUUGAAGUGAUUGUAGGGGAGCUCACUGGCAAACUAACCACUCCACAGGUACAGAAUGUGGCAGAAUUCCUUCAGACCUUCAUCAUGAUGGUUGAAAAUGCGGAGAAUAAGCUACAGAGUCCGAUAACACACAAGAUGUGUCAGCAUAUAGUGCCACAACAUUCUUGCUACGAGACCAAAAACUUGCCGUUUCCUUGUCCAAGUUCAGAGGACAUCAAGUAUGAGAUGAGCAGGUUCUCUGUGGACUUUGUGAACAUUUUCCUGGUGGAACCUUGUUCAGCUCUGAACAUUCAGGUACAUCCUGUACGCAUAGCCAACUGUAACCUGCAUGGCCCUAGCACACGUGCAGGGAUCACUGGAAUGAUAGAGAGAGUUGAGCUCAAGCAAUAUGUCUGCGGCAUCCCAUCCAAAACCAAUCUCCAGAAUUGGCUAGAGGCAGGGGGAUUCAGCCUUGGUCCCAUCAUGUUGGAGGCUGCUGUGGCUUUAGCCUUUGUGCAGCUUUGUCAGAUUCAAAACAAGUUCCUUAAAGUGCAUGAUGCCAAGACAAAAAGGUUGUGGUUCUUGUGGAAUGAGUCAGAACUGUUAUCUCCCAUCCAUUCCUCUGUGUAUGGCAAGUGUGGCUGCCUGGGCGGGUGUGCUUUCUUUGGUAAAAAUAAAAAUGGGAUCUCUUUCUUCAAACUUAAGAGGCACAGAGAUGGCACACAGGUCGUGGCAAUACCACAGGUGUGCAAAGACGGCAGUGAUCCAGGAUUUGGACAAAGCCUGCUGCAUGCUGGGAAGCUAGUGUUUGAAACCAGCCAGUUGACCCUUCGUGUAUCUCCAGUCAAAGCACCUGCUGAUGUGACUGGGUUUAGUUUUACUAGAGGUUACAUGAGUGAACUGACCAGUCCAGUGGGAGAUGAAGAUGGAAAUCUUAUAAUGAGGCCCAAGGAGACUCCUACUGAAGACAUGGUCCCAAAGUCUGCAUUGAGUGACACACAGAUGUUAAUGUCUGGCUUCAGACAAGAGGAGUUGAGGAGGCUAAGCAAAGAGAGUGUACUCACCAGGCAAAGUUCUCUCCCUUCUGCAGACAAGAUAUCAGCUCUGCAGCACCAUCAUUCCAUUGAAAAUCGCAAAAGCAGCAGAAAGAAAUUGAGUAAAGUUCAUUCCAAUCAGACCAGUCCUUCAAACAGUAAACCCAGGAGUGCUGUGUCAUCAGAUCUGACACUCACAGGGCACUACCAGACCAGUUCAGCCAGUUCCAUGUCUCCUGCCAACUUGCGUCGCCUGAUGUCCAAAGCUAGCAUGGAGAGUGACAUUUACUACACAGCUAACGAGGCUGAUGACUCAGACCUGGAAAGCGGAAGUGGCACACUGACAUGGGAGGGUGCCAGGAGAGGGAUGUUUUCUGAUGAUGAGAGUUGUCCUAGUACAGUUAAGAGGCUCUCCCAGUCCCAAAGUAUGAAAGAGAGAGACAGGAGAAAACCGAAAGAUGGGAACCGGGGUUUUGUUUCAGCUACCUCAAGUGUGUCUUCCCUGGCCAGUACCCUAUCGUACUGCUCAGCCACCUCAGACAAUGACUCCGAGAUGCUGGACUCUCAGGUGGACCCUGAGGAGCUGAUUGACAUGAUCAACUUGCAUAGCCACAUGAAUCUCCCCAUCACACAGAGCCCCCUCUUGCUGUCCUGCUACUCUCAGCACUUGUCACAUUAUAUAUGUCAGGAUUGGACUUCAAGUGCUCCUUGGAAUGCUGUCUACACUAGUCGAAUCCAUGGCCUGAACUCUGUCCAGUCUGAAUACUCUUUGUCCUCUGCUGGACAUUCCGUGUACAGCGCAGGAGUGGCAUGGACUCCACAUUUUGUCAAGGUCAAGGAUGGUUUUAGUGUGAAUGUCAUGAAACCACGGCAGGAUGCUAAGAAAAGUCCUCCCACUAAUAUAACUGCUGACUUGUACAACAUUAAAGCUACACUAGACAGAGAACAUAAAAAACAAAUGCUUCCAAAUCAAGACACUGGCUCUCCAGCAGACAACAUUUCAAAAACUACUGCAGUCAUUCAGUUGUCUGGAUCACUGGAUGUGUUGAUGACUCCACUGCUGCUAGAGGCUCUGCAAAGAUAUGUAGAGGCAGUGACUCCAACUCUGUCCAAACUUCAUCCAUCUGCUCUGAUAGAUGGGCUGCACAGCCAGUGUUUAGACAGACUUAAACAACAAAACAAGUUGAAGAAGGACAAAGAAUGGAGUCAGAACAAAACAGAAGACAGCUUUGACAACACGAGUACAGAGCUGAGUCCAGCCAAGAAAACAUCCCUCCAGGCCCUCUUCACUCUGCCCAAAGUCAACAUCUGUGUUCUUCAAGCUUCCAUAGUGGAGGAGGUCAUAGCGUUCUCAAGUCUGAGCUCAGCCAGUGAUUUGACUGCCGUGUCCUUGUUAGCUGUUUGUAUUGAUGGUGUCAGAUGUCAGUUGCUAUCAAACAAACAUUUGUGCCAGAUUACCAAAGAACCAGCUAAAGAACAAUUGACAAGGAAGACAAGCGUCACCGUCAAAAUGUCUGCCAAAGCAUCGUCAGGACACAAAGGAAAAGUGGAAGUGCAUCCAUCAGAACCAGAUAUUGAAAAACCUCAAGAGUUAACCAGAGAAGAAAAUGUUGGCACGCUGCAAAUUUCACAUAUACAUGUUCAACUCAGACGCCUUCUCAAGUUCAGCAACUUCUCUGAAAACGUGCUGCUCACUGCCAUACCGGAACAGUGUUCCAGAGUUCUCUUCUCUUUAGAGCAGGAUACUGCAGCCACGCAGCCAAUCCAUGUUCCUGAAUCCAACCUGAAUGUAAAUAAUUUCAUGAGCUCUUCGCCAAGGCCGCGUUUGUCCAGGACGGCCAGCAGGGACAAGGAAACAGAGUUUGUGAUGAAAAAUCCUGACGGAGAGAACAGCAAUGUCCUACCAAACAUCGGCUUCAUCAUGUGUGAGUCUGGGCUUGAGGACAUCUCCUUCACCGCUGUCCGAAGGCUCGGCUAUCAGGAAGUCACCGACGUCCAGCUGAUUGAAGAGAAGCUGAGUACCCUAGAUAAAACAGUCACACAGAUGCAGGAAAAGGCCAGGUCCAAAGUGGAGGGGGACAAAGCCGAGACAAACACCGAUGAGGAACCAAAGAAAAGUGAGCCUAAAGAGAAAGCUGGAAGAGACAUGGGGAGCCGUGACUCCAGCACUGACGAGCCUUAUCCACUCAGUUCUCCGUCAGCAAACGUCCAGUCGUCUUCUCUGAGCUCCCCUUCAUGGGACUCGGAUAAAUCUGUUGUAUCCAGUGAGAUUAUCCCUGGCACUCCAGGCCCACUUCAGGAACCGAUUGUUGGCGAUGCAUCAAAUGGAAAACUAGAAAUCAAAAUUAUCUGGUUCAAUUUUGCAUCCCCUCCACCCAUAUCCAUUCACAAAAAAGUGGAUUUCACAAGACUGGAUUGGAACCUUCUAAGCACCGCCACACCGGCCAUUGACGCUUGGCUGAACCCUUGUGAUAGGCUGAUGACCUCAGUUAAAAACUUGAUUCGAGAGUAUUCCAAGCGGCUGUGCUGUGUGAUGGCCUGCAUGAUGAUUGAAGGGCUGGAAUGUCAAGGAAUUCAUGUGGCUUAUAAGAGCAAGUUCAACAAAUUGACUCCAUUAUCCAAAACGCUCCAAGAAGAUCCGUCCAAUCAGCUGCUGACUGUACUGAGGAAAUACCUGCACAAAUUUGGAAUUGAGCCUGUGGAGAAAGCUGUGUCAGCGGAAACCGUGCCACAGUUGAUCACUGUGCAGAAGGGCAUACUGGCCCUGAUGAGGCAGUGGAAGAAUGUCUUGUACAUGCCUAACCUUGGGGAAAUUAAUUUCAAGUCUCGGAAGAAUCUUCGUCCCUACAAUGUGUCUUUUGCCCUCCCCAAGUCAGAGAAAGAUGAAGAGGUAGGGGAGGAAGAGGAGAUGACCUUUGACCAGUUUGAUGUUGUGGAUGAGAAAACAUCUCUUCUGUUGGCAGAAGGUGGCAUAACACAAAGGUCAGGGUCAUUUCAAAGUGUGAACAGCAAAAGUAGACAGUCUUUGAGUACACAGGGUAAGAUGGACAAAACAGAUGGCGGUGACACCAGCAUAGACUCAGUGGCAGCAGCUGGGAAGCACAGAGUCCUGGGUAUUUUCAGGCCUAGAAAGGGCAUCACUACAACUGACUCUCCAGUUGACUACAGCUCCUCCAACCUGGCCCCUCCAGUGGCUGCCCUGUUUCUCAACCGCAAUGACAGCAAUGUCAGCUUUACAUCACUUUUGGAGAGUGUCUCUAGCAACGAACAGCUGGUGGUGCCAACUCCCCCGCAGACGCCACUGAGGAGCAGUGCACCCAAACAAUCUAUUUUAAAGAAUAGAUACAAUGAAAAUGAGAAUCUGUAUCAGUGGAUGGCCAAGCAGCAGAACAGUGAGUUCCGCCUUGAUCUGGAAGACAAUGACAGCCACCAGUACCACCGCACCAAUGCAGCCGAGUCUUGUCCUGCUGGCUUGGCCAGUUCCUGGAACCAGGACGACAGUAAACUGGAUGUGAAUGAAGACAACUGUACUAUGGCCACGUCAAUCAUGCAGCUAGCUGAUGCUCAGAUUCUGUUCAAACCCAUACUCCAGAGCCUGGGGCUUCAUGUUGAGAGUGUCAGGCCCUCGGCUAUGAUGAAAAAAUUUGGGGGCCACCUCCUGUUGCAGUGUCACAUCAACCUGUUCAAAAUUCUGAUUGCUGAGUCUGAAGGGACGCCCACCUUACACAAGGAGCAUGUGCCUAAGGGCAAGGGGCCUGGUAAAAAAACUCACCACAAGCUCACAGGAAACCCAGCUUUCUUGUGUGAAUGUUUUGACAUGAAGGUUUCCCUGAAAGAUGCCAUCAUAGAUGCCAGUGACAGUGGUGACACCUCCAAGUUUCCCUACAAGUUUGCCAUGCAUAAACUGGAAGCCAAACCAACCACCUUAAAAAUUAAUUUGCUGGUCAACUGUCAAGCCAUCAGGCAGAAUGUGGAUAUGGCUCUGCUCCGACUGGCUCACCAGGUACUGACGAUGGUAAGCAAUGUGAAACAAACCAGGGUUGAACUCAAACAGAAAAAGGUGGAUCCACAAGGCUGGAUACAAACUCACAGGAAGCAGGAUUCCAAAGACUCCACCUCCAGCAUGGAAACCAACCAGUCAGAUACCUCACAGACAGAGAGGCUGAUGGGAUCAUUUACCAAUCUGGCAACACUGGACUCAACAAAGUCAGAAAUACCAAUAGCCCAUCGCCUGAGUCCUCCAUCCACAUCGAAGCCUCCACUUGAGAUAAAAUCCUCUUUAACUCCUGUCAACUCGAGUUCAAAACUUGACCUCAAGCUGAUGACUGGAGCCAAAUAUUCACCACAGGUCACCUCAAAGAUGGCUCACACCCAAACCUCGUCUUCCAAACUUGGGAGUGACACUUUGAACAAGCAGACGCAGGCUGGGGAAGGUCAGUUAGACAGUGCAAGUACACCACUGACCAGGCACCAUCACACAGACACCAAACGGCCUGAAGAGCUAGCUGUGGAUCCUGGCAAGAAGCCUGCUCAUCUGAGGUUCCUACAGGAUACUAAGGAACCAGCAGCAAAGAAGGUGAUUAGUCCUCAUUCUGAGUCUGAUGUGCUGACUCCACCUCAUUCAUUGAACCUCAGUGACUCUGUAGUUCUGGACAUGGCCGACACAUCCUCCCCUGCCCUGAAUGAGAAGACCAUCAUUGAUGAGAUCAAGGAGAGCACCCCACAAUGUUGGCGCCACCUGUACCAGCUCCUGGAGCUCUAUGCUACCAUGCCAGAGCCAAAGACUGUAGCCAUGAGGCACUCUCAAGUGAUCAGCAAACUUCCUGUUAUUGAAGAAGAGGAAGGGGAAGAGGCCUCCAUGAAGAGAGAAUCUCGUGUCUCUGAUUACGGCAAUAAACUGACAACUCUAAUUCAGAAGUCUUCUGUUCUCCAUGGCCUAAGACGAGACUCAUCUUCAGAAAGCCAAGAUGCUCACCUGAGAUGGAAGAAUGACAAAGAGAAGAUCCUCCACCCAGAAACACUAGAAACAAAGGCAGAGGAUCAGAAAAACAAAGCUGAUGCCUUGGCAAAAGAGGAGGAAUCAUUAGGCAAUGACUCCUCACUGGCCCACCAGUCUUUCAUAAGGACUAGAUUUAAACAAAGUAUCUAUGUUGGAGAGAGUGUUCCAGUCAUAGUCUAUGGUAUACUCAGAGUGGAGACUUUCCUGAUUAGUGCUGAGCUGAGUGGACUUAAACUUGAGGCUCACACCAGCCGAGUCCAUGCCAGUGGGACAUACAAGAAAAAAGUCAAAGGUUUUCUUCACCGAGUUUCCUCUGACUCCUCAUACACGGCUCAUAUAGGUCAGUCCAAGAUCAAUCUCAGAGAAGGGGAACCACCCGAGUUACAAACUGUGGUGACCAUCAACAUUCACAAGUCACAGGCGCUUCUCACAUCUGUGAUGCGCAGGGGCAAGGAGCAUAACUCUACCCUUGUUUCCAUCGGAGUAGUGGAAAUUGACAUUCCUCAGCACCCAGUGAUUCUCCAUGACAUGAUGUCGAGAAGUUCCAAGAGGAUCACGGCCACAUUACAGGAACUUAGAUGGCCAGCCCAGAGUACCAACCGCAUGCAACACUCUUCAGAUGACAAUUCUAACCAGUCUGCGGCUAACAUUGAGGGUGCCAGCAGUAAGCUCCAGCAUCAGAAGGUGCCUCAGUCGGGGACCGGUAAAAGCACUCAAGAGGCCAGCAAGACCAGGCAAAAGCACCUACACAUCAAGGCUGUCCUGCAAGGCUUCAUGAUCGGGGCAUCCAUCUUGCCCUCUUUAAAGGCCCAGUACAAAACCACAUCGAUUAUUCUGACUGGUGUCCUGGGCAGAAAGGCUCACUUUACGCUGACUUUACCAAACCACCUUCUCAGUUUUAAAUCUAAGAUAAACGUUGCCUCUGUUGCUGACACAUCUAUCCCUUCAGCCGCCAGCAUAGACCUGCCCCCUAUCCAGGUCAUUGCAGACUACAGGAUGCAGAAGCCAGGUGUCCAGGACAUAGAGAACCAGCUGGAGCUUGGAGAAGAUCUGCAGCUGCUGGAAGGCAACUACUUGAACGCUGUGGCUGAAGUGGGGAUGCUGGAGCACAGUCUGACCACAGACCUUCUCAACCACCUGGUCUUUGUACAGAAAGUUUUCAUGAAGGAAAUUAAUGAAAUUGUUCAGAAAGUGUCUGGCUCCAACAGUAUCAACCUUGAAGACAUCAAAUCCAAUUUAAAGUCAGAAGGAACUCCAGAAACUACACCCAUGCUGUACUCUGUAUCUGUUAGAUUUAAGGGAAUCCAGGUGACUGCCACUACACCCACUUCCAAUGCUGUCAGGUUUGAGACUGGUGCCAUCAAACUGGAUUUGUCCAACAGAUUUCAUUUACCUAAAAAAGAAGAGAAACAUCACGCAAAGACAGGCCAGAAACAAGAGCAUGACUUGAGCAGCCAGAAAAUGUUUAUCCAAGCAAUAGUUGACUUGAAUUUGGCUCUGGGUCAACUUUUAAAGAAUCCUGUCUACGAAGAAACAGAACCUGAAUUCCACACAAUGGCAUUUUUCAAAACCACCAUCAAAAUUAGAAAUGCUUUGCAGCAUGAGAUGAUACCCAACUUUGCCAAAGAUCAAGAAGCGCUGUUGAUUAACUUGUCCCGUCCAAUCAUACUAGCUCAACCCUUGGCUUUUGACAAAGCUGUCUUAGUUUGGCUCAAUUAUAAAAAUGCUUAUGAGUACUGGACAGAACAAAGAAUGGCACUGAACAAAGAGGUGCUGACUGCCACACGACAGGUGAUUGAUAAACUGCCACACAUUGCACCAAGCACAGCGCCAUCUGUGACAACACUCUUCUUGCAGCUGACAGUGGAUGAUAUGGGCAUCUGUGUCCCCUUGUUGUCAUCUCCAUACCAGUCAUUGACAAAUGCAGGGGGAGCUACUCUACAGUCUCCUAGAGUAGCAGAAACAGAGCAAGGCUCUGCACUAGUUUUGACUGUAGAAAAUACCCAGAUAUCUGCCUGCUCCUCUGGCUCUCUAGUCAGCAAGGGAAAAUUCAAAAACUUUUGCUUGAGAUUUGCUGAUGACUUUGGCUCCUCUUGGGAUGACUGGAAGCCAUGGCCCACAGACUCAGGGCCUGUCAUGAACCAGUGCAAUGUUCCUUCAGGGACGUAUGAAGUCUGUUCCAGGACUAUCAACAAACAAGACACUGCCAGCGGUAAUGCCAAGUGGAUCCUGAACGUCCAGUGGGACAUGAAGGGUAUCGGUGUUCACCUGGACACUGACAUUGGGAAGCGGUUCACGCUGCUGGGGAACACGCUGACUCUGCUGGCAGGGGAGACGGAUGAAGGCAUCACCUUGGCACACACGUCGAAACAUGGAGACGACAUUGACGGAGAGUUUGAUGAAAAUGAUGACGAGGAUGUAGAUUUGAGCAGCCCAGACACACAGGAGAAUAGCUUGGAAGAUCUUCAGCUCAAAAGACGUACAAGCCUUGCAUCAGACAUCUUGCCCGAGGAAAUAUUCUCAGAGAAAUUUGACCCCAAAGAAAGAGCCAGAAAAAUUGAGAGAGAAAUGAAUGAACAAGCCAAAGUAGUGCAGGAACUAAAGGAGUGUGGAGCUACUGAAGCCACUAUAGAAAUUGAAAGAAAGAAACUGGAAGACCUGCAGGCUCUUCUGUUCCAGGAUUUCAGGCGUGACCUUUUGGAAAUGUUGAAGAGAAAAGGAGACAAGGCCAGUUUGAUUAAAGGUAAACUGGGACUUAGUUCAAAACCAUCUACACACCUGAGACCCAAAUCUCCCAGUGCCCGCAGACUUGCCAAGUCCAGCUCUGAUCGCCAUCCCUCAUCUACUUCUGCUCUUCACAUUUAUAAGAGCAGACGUCAGUCGGAAGACUUGAGCAAAAUAACAAAAGUCUCUUUCUCUGGUUCUCAUUUGAACACAUAUACACCUCCUAACACCCCAGGCCAUUUUUCAAUCUCUGAUGAUGAGGAGGAAGAUGAUGAAGACAGCGAUCCAUUUUACCCACACAAAAGAGGAGCUCAUUCCCUCGAGGCUGUACAGAGUUCAGGAUCUGAUUCUCAGCCCGAAGAAGGCAUUCCCCGAAAAAGAAAACUCAAGUCAGAUGACUCGGCUUCUGUCACCUCCAACAAAGUGAGUGAGCAGAAUGUUGACUUUGAGCUGGACGUCAAAGUGUUCAUAGACAGUGGUCAGUGUGUUUUGUAUUCUAAAGAGGCGAAAGAGGAAGAAGUCAGAAAAUAUGCCAAGAAAGAAAAACAAGGUGCCUCUGAUUCCAACACACAGACAUCUCCCUCAGCCAAACGUAAACUAAAGAAAGAAACCUCAGGUCAAGGUUAUUCCAGUCAGAGGAAACUCUCCGCAAACCCUGACACCACGAUAUUCUUCAUUCCCAGUGUAGCCGUCAAGAUUCACUACAAUUCCAAGACAGAUCACACUGCUAGCAUGAACAAUAGCUCAACUAUAUAUGAGGAGCCAGCAGAAACUGUCAUUCCAAGCAGGCCCUAUUCCUUCAUUCCAGAAAUCACUGUCACCAGUCCACUAGCUCAGCAGUCUACAAAGGAAGAGUCCACACUAUCUUUGGACUCUGGGAGCCCCAGAAGGUCAACCCAGCUUAAAAAGGCCAGUCUGUACGCUUUGUUUACACUUCAGACAUUGCCAGAGGAAAUGAUCAUCAGCCCAACUCUGUUGGAUUUCUUGGAACAAGCUCUGGAGCCUCUACCUAUCACAGCCAACUCUUCACCCUCCAUAUUGAAAAGAGAUGUAAUGGACAGCCUCGUCAAUAACAUGGACCUGGAUGCGUCUCAAGGCUCUCUGGGUCAGCAGUCCAUGGCGUUUUUCCCUGUGGAUGUUGUGGUACAUAUCAAAGUGGAUCCGUCCUUCAUACGAUUUAAUUGUCACCCCGUGUCUCGGGUGGAAUGUUUGCUACAAGUACCAUCACUUGAUCUGUUUUUCUCUACCAAGAAGACAGACUUGAAUGAAGGCAUGCAGCCUGACAGUGCCCAAACACCAAAGUCAUCUAGUCAGUUUGAGAAAAAAGCCAAGGUGCCCUCCUCAAGCAAUAUCAGCAGCCAGGCAGCAGGAAGAUCCAGGCACAUCAGUGGCAUCUCCGAGUCCUCCUUCUUCCCAGGCUCCAGCUCUGGUGGACUGAGUGUCACAGGCUGCAUGUCUGAUUUCUCUCUCUACAUCUUUCAUCCUUACGGCACUGGGGUUCAAAGAAGGUUUGCUGCCAACUCCGAUUCACCAACAUUCAGAAACCAAGGUCUAGAACGUAUCUCAGAGAACACAGGCAGUGCUAUCCAUGACAUGGGCCGGAGAGAUUCCCUGAGCCUGAAUGUUGAGUUUAUAAAGGUCAACAUCUCUAGAACUCGCAAGUUGGAACGUUACAGUGAACCCAAUGAGAACCCAGCCAAGGGAGAGCAACAGUUCAGAUCAAAUAUUGUUCGUUUCUCAGCAAUCUGUGAUGUGGGGACAGCCUCCUUUAAGUAUGACAUGAGACGUCUCUCGGAGAUACUAUCACUGCCCAAAGCCUGGUAUCGUAGAACUCUAGCCCGUCGUCUCUUCCUCGGGGAUGAGAGCAUCAACUUGGCUCAGGGGGAAGACUUUGAUCCUCUUAGUUCAUCCCACACUGACCAACCCAGGCACCUUUUGUUCACCUCCCAAAACUCCGUGUCCCACCCCACUUUGAAUGUGAUCAGUGACCCUAAGCCACUCGGCAAACAUCACCGUCGAGGAUCUUCAGGGGACAAAAUAAGAAUCCAGCUGAGUCCAGAGUUUAAAACUGAGAUAGCCAACAGACGAGGAUCAAGUAGAUUUCACACCUCUGGGAGUUUAGCCAGUCGAGACUCUGGGCAUCGUAAGAAAUCCAGAACAGUUUCCUCCCCUGAUAUGCCACACCAUCGGCACAGUUUUGCUGCUCCUACCCCAGCCGCAGCACCUCCUUCUGCCAGCGUGAGCAGCUCCUGGGAGACCUUGGUACUGUUUGCCGUCAACUUGGCUCAGCUGAACCUGGAGGUGAACAUGGCCAACGUCAUGGGCAACACAGAGUGGAAAACAAAAGCUUUAAAGACACAAGGGAGACUAUCCAUCAACAGCAAGGGGCACAAAAAUUUGAAUAUUGAUGCUGGCUUUGGAAAAUCCUCAUUUGAAUCUAAGGGUGGCAUUGUUGGUGGAAACAUAGAUAUCAACAAUCUAAAUGGAUUCUUUUCAGUGUGUGAAGAUCCAGAACUAGGUCAAGAUCCUGACCACCAGGCAGGCCUCAGCACCUCGGCCUUGGAGACCAAAAUUGAUUACAUGGGCUCCUCCAUCAUCAUGACCAGGCUGAGUAACCUUCACCUUCUCCUCAAGGAUGAAUGGCAUGUGGAUAGUAACUCCAACUUGGACACACCGCUUGCUACCAACAGGUCAGCCUUUUUGUUUGUCAAUGGAAAGUUAUCCUGGUCACACUUUCACAUGAUGAUCUCAAGGUCGACCACCCCUGACCUCAUCAAAAUAAUCUCCAAGCUGGAUGAGUUCUUCACACAGCAGGUCAUGAGUGGUCGGAGAGUAUUCCAGCACACCACACCAUUGGUGGCUGGCAGCCAGAGCAAAGUGGCCAGGAAAAUUUCUGAGAGUGCUGUGAUGGAUGAGCUGCGUCACCAUCGGCACUGGCAGGGGGCCCUAGAGCACCUGAUGGGCUACCAGUUCUCAAUGCUGCCCUCCGUCCUGCCAGCAGAGGGCAUGGUUCUUGGAGGCACCAUGAUACUGGAAGGUCAAGGUCUGAUGCUGGCCUCAUUCCAUGGAGUGAACUUCCGUGCCAAGUAUUGGGCCUUGUUCAAUAUCAAGGAUCCUUACAUUUACUUCUCCACUGAGGCUCAGAAAAUACCAGAAGGAGGCACACACAUUGUUCAAGAUCUUCAGUUUAUUGUGGGGCAGCAACAAGGGGCUCAAUCCACUGGCUUCAUGGCACCACAGGUCAUCCACAACCACAUGGCUACCAUUUGUAAAAUAUCCCGCACUCAGCACAUGCCCCCAAACUUUACCUGUGUUGAUGAUUGGUUCACCUACGCCAUGACCUCCUCGGCUACAGACCCCAAAGUUGUGACAGAAUUUCCUGGCGUUCGCCAUGAUGAGGAAAAUCUGAGAAAAUUCAGCAAGGUGAAGGCCGCCUACUACAGCCACGAGACGGAAGUUAUCUUUGCUUUUCCCUCAAUGUACAUGAACCUGAAGACUUCCCACUUCCAGGGAGAGAAGCCUCCAGAAGAAAAUGAGGCCAGGCCAAUGGUGGAGUGUAGUUUUGUGGCAGAGUUUUAUGAUCAUAUUUAUGUGGCCAUGGAUGCUGAAGUGAUUCUGUUCCUCCAUGAUUUAGUCUCCUCGUACAUACGAGAGAAGGAUCGAGGUUCAUCUGGUCGGUCAUCAGCUACUAAAGUGGUCAAGUCAGAACCAAAACUGUCUGACCCAACAUCAGCAUUGAAGCAUGACUACAGAACAUUUGAAUGUAAAACAUGGCAGCUGGAGCCUACUCUCAGACUGAUCCACUGGGCCAGUACACAGAUUGAUCCCGUCGGAGCUGACUACGUGCUUCAGAAGCUUGGCUUCUCCCACGCCAGGGUCACCAUCCCCAAGUGGGUUCAGCGAGGCUUCAUGGAUCCCUUGGAUAAAGUUUUAUCUGUCCUAGUGGAUAAAUUGGUGACUGCUCUCAGGGAUCAACAAAGCAGUGGGUCAGCUGAAGAAGCAGAUAAAGACUGAGUGCUGAUUGCAUUCUUUCAUGUGGACUGUUGAGCUAAUGGUACAGAGCUGAAAUAAUGGCAGACUGAUGAUAAUUGUCAUCUUUAUAGGGAAUUUUUGACAUCUUUCUGUGAAAGAAAUGACUUUUAAGGAUUUAUUCAAAAGUCUAAGACAAACAACAAUGCUGUGAUGUUACUGGUUUUUAAUUGGGCUUACUGGCAGUGUAGAAUAAUUCCUUUUGAUACUGAAUGUUUAUUUAAUUGUUUCAGUUUGUCAUCUCUUGAGAUUAAAUGUUCAUUAGCUAGUGACGUUGGACCAUUGUAGAUUAGAUCAUUAUGUGUCCAGUAGUAAACUACUUACCAUAGAGAUAUUAAAUGCAUGACACUAAAAAAGCCUAGGGGCUCUCCAGGGUAUCCAUUACUCAGUCAUUCAUUGCUUACAAAAGAAAUUGAUGUUAUUUUGUUAGUAGCCUGAAUUUUCUCUACAACUCUGAGCUUUCGUUUUUUUUUUUCUAUUUUGUUGACAUUUUUUCAAACAUUUUUUUUUGUGACCUACAUAUGUACAGAGAGAUACUUCAACCUGCGUUGUGUUUUUACUGAGAUUUAGGUCAGUACACGGAGACUCAACUUCACAGUUACUGCUCAGACAUUCAUCACAAAUUUGUUACAUGCUUAGAUAAUUAUGACUUAUCUGUGGAUUCAUUAUUAGAGAUUUUCAUUUCUGGCAGAAAAACGAAAUAGCUUAGCUUUUUUUGUGUAGCCAGUAUGCAAAGUAAAGGUAGUGGCGAUAGGUUGUUUUUUUUUUUAUUUGGAGAGAAUUUUUUUUUCACUUUUUAGCACUGUAGAAUCAAAUUUCUAAAUGUCGCACAAAUUGUAUAAUUGAGCUGACAACAUAGAGGCUCAGUUUGGUAUCCUUGUUGAUGUCCAAGAGCUGAGCCGAAGGCUCUUCGAGCUCUAAGUUUGAAAAAAAACCAUGUUUGGACGCCAAACAGAAAAAAAAAAAAAACC